CCGCGCUUGGUGCAAGGGACGAAAGAUAAGGCUGGCCAGAGUUCGCUUCGGCACGCCUCGCCUCUCGCGUCCAUGGCCGCGCUUGGUGCCAGGGGUGUACGAUCUAGGCUCCCUGAAGCGGCCGGACGCAGCCUGGCGCCCUCAGACGAGCGCGAAACGAUAUCACGUGAACAAACAUGGCACCCACGAAAAACAUCACGUGAUCAAGUAUGGCGUCCGCCAGGCAUCUCCGUACGAGGACAUGCUAAUCGGGUCUUGGAUGACAUUCUCAUGUUCAAACGAAAAUCCUUGUGCUGGAACUCGGAGGAGGUUCCAGCCAAGCAGAGCUGCCCUGCCAUGAGUGAAGCAGAUGCCAAGUCUUGCUGCAGUGUUGCCAGUGCCUGUCCCCGGAGCAGGAUGGACGUCGUCUGUGUCAUUGACCUGGUUACUGGCAGCGGUUCCAGCAUGGGGCGCCUUGCACAGAGGAAGGCGGCGUACGAGGAGGUGCAGAAGGCCUCGCGCUGCGUUGGAGCAGACCUGCACGAGCUGCCGUUCAAGAAGCUGGACUUUGGAGAGACCAAGGUCCUGGACCUUUUCUACAACGCCGACGUCGCCGUGGUGGAUGUAUCGAUUCAGGACCAGCGGAAUCCCCUUUUCUACCACCUGGGAGUGCGGGAGAGCUUUGGCAUGAAGCAGAACAUGAUCCUCUACAACGACCACACUCCCGGGGAAGCAUACUCUAUCAAGAUUGCCUGCUCAAGUUACCCCCUGUCGACCUACAAAGUGAACGAUGCCGGGGUGUGCGUGGUCACGGAGCCUCCCGGGAUGGCCAUAGUGUCCGAAGAGACCGUUGAGUCCAAACAGCCCCUGCACGUCAAGCUCAAAAAGUUCUUGCAGGACGUCGAAGUCCAGACAAAGGCUCACAUGAAGGAGAAGUUCCUGACUGACCUGAGAAAAGCACGGGAGAUGUACACAGGCGAGGAGCUCGCAAAAACUCUUCAGAACUUCAGGAAAAGGCUGGACGACCCCAACAUCAUCUCCGGCGAUGUUGUUCUCAGCAUGCUCAUCUCGUUCAGGGACAUCCAGGACUAUGAUGCCAUGGUGAAGCUGAUGGACGACCUCCAGGCCGUGCCAAGCAUCAAGUUCACGUCCACGCCGGCUAUUCAGCAUUCCUACGCAUUUGCACUGAACAGACGCAACCGCCCGGGUGACCGGGAGCGUGCCCUGGAGGUGAUGACGGCGGCCCUGAAGAAGAAGGAGAACCAGGUGCCGGACAUCCUGUGCCUGUGUGGCCGCAUCUACAAGGACAAGUUUGUCGAGUCAGACUACACCGACAUGGAGAGCCUCCGCAACGCCAUCCAUUGGUAUCGCAAGGGCUUCGAGGUGCAGCCCAACGAGUAUGCGGGGGUGAACCUGGCCACGCUGCUGGUGAUCGACGGGCACGAGCUGUCCAAGUCCUCCGAGCUGCAGCAGAUCAGCCUGCGGCUGAAUAACCUCAUCGGGCUGAAGGGCAGCCUGGACUCUCUGGAGGACUACUGGGACGUGGCGACCUUCUUCGAGAUCAGCGUGCUCGCCGAGAACUACACCAAGGCCAUCCAGGCUGCUGAGUGCAUGUUUCGCCUCAAGCCCCCAAACUGGUACCUCAAGUCUACUUUUGGGAACAUAAGGCUCAUCAGUCGCUUCAGGAGGAGGCCGGAGGACGCCGAGAGAACAGCAGAAGAGCAGGUGUUUGACUUCUGGGUGGACUUUUUUGUCACUGCCUAUUCUUCCGAUCUGGAGAGUACAAUACGAUUUCCUAUCUUGGUGCUGGAGCCAACGAAGGUGCUGAUGCCUAGCUAUGUGACAGUCAACAUGGGUGCAGAGGAAAAGUCCAUCGAGAUCUGCAACCUCUGUAUCGACACGCUCAAGGGGAAGUGCAAGCGGAUCCACGAGUGGCUCUUCAACGCCUCUUCCAUUCGGAGCAUCAGCCAGUACAAGCGGGACGAGCGCUGCCUGUUUCUGUACGUCCACCAGAACUCGGACGACUUCCAGAUGUUCUUCCCGUCGGAGCUGCUCAAGAACCGCUUCUACGAGCUCAUCCUGAUCAUGACGGCCGACCAGGAGGGCAUGGUCACGGACAUCGACCUCGACCUUGGCUCGGGCUGCGUCCAGUUUGAGUACGAGACGGACGACCAAGGGCGACGCAUCGUGCUGGGCAAGGGCACGUAUGGCGUCGUGUACGCGGCCCGGGACCUGACGACCCAAGUGAAGAUUGCUGUCAAGGAGAUUCCCGAGAAGAACUUGGGCGAGGUGCAGCCCUUGCAUGAGGAGAUCAAGCUCCACUCCCAGCUGCGGCACCGCAAGAUCGUCCGCUACCAUGGCUCCUUCAGCGAGGACGGCUACGUCAAGAUCUGCAUGGAGAGGGUGCCCGGGGGGAGUCUGUCCCAGCUGCUGCGUUCCAAGUGGGGUCCACUGAACAACAAUGAGCCUGCUAUUGCCUUCUACACAAAGCAGAUUCUAGAAGGGCUCAAAUACCUGCAUGACCAGAGGAUCGUCCACAGGGACAUCAAGGGAGACAACGUGUUGGUGAACACAUACAGUGGGGGAAUCAAGAUCACAGAUUUUGGGACCUCCAAGCGUCUAGCCGGAAUGAACAUGGUCACUGAGACCUUCACGGGUACGUUUCAGUACAUGGCUCCGGAAGUCAUCGACAAUGGACAGAGGGGCUACGGUGCACCCGCUGACAUCUGGUCCCUUGGGUGUACAGUUGUCGAGAUGGCAACCGGAAAGACGCCCUUCAUUGAGUUGGGCUCUCCACAGGCAGCCAUGUUCAAGGUUGGCUGCUUCAAGAUUCACCCGGAGAUCCCCAGCACACUAUCAGAAAAAGCGCAGAAGUUCAUCAAGAGGUGCUUUGAGCCAGACCCUGCCAAGAGGGCAACUGCAGCUGAACUGCUCGAAGACCCUUUUCUCACAGACAACGGGAGGAAAAAGAAGCCACGCCCGGCCGCACCGGACUUCAGCCGAAGCAUAUCGGUUCCCGCAGAUCGAAUUCACAAAAUGGACAAGCCGGAACGGAUGUCUCGGUUCGCCAGCACGGGCGAGGAUGGGACAUCCUUUCUUCUUAGCUCGGCCACAGCUACAAGUCCGACAGAAGCAAUUCCAAGGUCACCGUCAACGUUUUCUUUCGGCUCGGAGACUUCGGAGAGCGGCAUGCGUCGCUGCAGCUCGGGGCUGCUGAGUCCACCCGUGGACGGCUGCAGCACGGACCAGGAGUCCGGGGGCUUCUACCUGCUCAAGAAGGACUCGCAGCGGCGACAGACCAUCCUCAGGGUGCUGGAAGAAGACGCUGACACGAUCUGUGACAUUUGGAUGAGCAAGCUGUUGCAGGACAUUGGCAGUGACUUGGUGAUAUCCAAAGAACAACUGCAGUCUCUGCUGAAUGGCUUCAAAAGCUACAUUCCUGAGCAAAAUAAGACUGGACUUCAGCAUGCAAUAGGAAAGCUGAAGCAGGAGGUACAUCAUGACGGCAGAGCCAUUGGCCAGCUGGGGGUGGCCCUGUACUUGUUCCAGAGCGCUGUGAACGAAGUGCUGCGCAACCAGAGCAUCAAGCCACACUGGAUGUUUGCCCUCGACAGCCUGGUGAUGAACGCCGCACAGGUGGCCAGUGAGAUACUCUCUCCUGGCCAAGAGGACCCCGAGGAGAACGAGCUGGAAGAUGCGGAGUCCACCUCGGGCGUGUCGACCAUCAACUCGGCCAAGUCUCCGAGCGCGACGCAGAAGCAGCUGGCCAACCUGGCCCGAGACUACGCCCUCCCCUCGGGGGAAGCCCAGAGGGUCAUGGAAGCCAUCCAGAUGAGUGAACACCUUUACCAAGACCUGCUUAGGAGCAUCCUCCAGAACAGGGCACAGCAGAGGCAGUUUGUGGAAGGCUGCAUUCACCAGAGCCGCCUGGCACCAGCUGGAAGCAGGGAGUCUAGCGUCACCAUCUCGGGUCCCCCAUCCUCUGUCCCUUCCGCGGCUGCGGGAGUCAACAGACCGGAUACCUGGCGUGACGACGACCUGAUGCACUGGCUGCGUGACCUGGGGAUGGACGCAGAGUGCAUGGAGAGGUUUGCCCGGGAGCAGUUCACCAAGGAGGACGUCUUGUGCCUGAUGACGAGAGACGACCUACGAAGACUGGGGCUCCGAUUGGGACCCGAACUGCGCAUCUGGAAAGCAAUACAGAAGUCCAGGGAUGGCAAUUCCUGAGCACUAAGGCAGCAAGAGAAGCACGAGCAUCAUUGUUCUCAUACGCCCAUUGAGACUUCACCGAAAUCAGCCGCUUCAUUAUUUCCUAGCUCAAAGUCAGAAAGGAGGAGUGCGUGCACCUGACUGAUUUUCGUCGUGUACCCCAUCAGGUACCCCAUGUUACCGCCUUGCACGUGCCCUGCAUACCUUUUGUGGGGGCACCUCCAGUGUUGACUGUCCUGCCAUUAAUAUUUUACGUCAGUCGCCCUCCAUCAUCGACGUGAUCAGGGUCAUCAUUCGGGGAAAGUCAUCUAGACCCAGUCACCGAGGAAUGAGUAUUUGAGUGUUUCGUUAGUCGCAGUUGAACAAGUUAAAUAGCACUCUGUUGUGUCUUGCUGCAAAAUCUCUUUGCUAGGGAGUGUUUUGUUUUUCGUAACGUGUCCCUUCAUUGUGUUGUUAUUCGGUCUUGUUUUGUACAUAUAGGUUAGGAUGCUUUUGGUUGGUUGGUACCAUUUUUUUAACAAUGCUUCGAGUCUGGCUGCUAGGUAUGGCUGCAGGUGUGCCGUUGGGAAUGACGUUUACAAAUGUUACUGUUGACACCUGUUUUAGAACUACUCGAUGCUGCAAAUUCAGUCUGAUUGUUUACCAGUCAUUUAUGAUGCCAAUGGUGCUAUGCAUUGGGGCAGGUACACAAAGGAUGGCAGGGGCGUGCCCUGACCAAUGGGCAUCACAUUGUCCGUCAUUCUGUUCUAUCUGCAGUUUGUCGCACUAAGGUUUUACACGAGUGCCUUGUAUUGCCACCUGCGAGUGCAGUUAGAUUUUUGGGUGAUGCAACCCACACUAAGCUCUGUGAAAAGAUAUUUUGCCUAUGCACCAGUUAUGCAUUGCUGGGGGUAGUUAAAUGCUGGACUUGUUGUUUACAAAGAGUGUGGCUCACAGAGCUGGUGCUAUCUGGAGCUCUAGCUGUAUAGCGAAAAAUUAGACGUCUGACAAAUUGAAGUGACACAAGAUUUUACCCUUUUAACUAGGAAUUUGAUUUUGUACAGUGACUAUGUUUGCUACUAUGUUUGAAUUAAAUGUGAAGGCUCGUUUAGUGGCCGGGCAGUUUAAGGCACUACUUAAUCAAUUUCAAAGAAAUUGUGCAAUAUAAAGUUUGCAUUGUGGUUAGCUGUUUUAUCUGUUGAGCCAAACGAAGUUAAUCUUUAUGCCUUGGGGUACAAAUGACUAAAGAGAAAAAAUGACCAUGUAUUUUGGUCAAAAACGUUUUUGAAAAAAAUUAAAAUUUGUUGCUUUGUUUUCUUUUUUUUUUAAUUCAAAAGUCACAGUGCCACUUGUUUCUGUAGUGAGCAAGCUGUGGUUAACACAUUUUAUAGAGUCAAUUAUAUAAUCUUCAGGCGCUCUAUUGAAGAGUGGCAGCCUCUGUCGGCUGUGUGUUGCAUACCUGUUUGGAAGAGGGCUUUGGAAAUGGAAGAUGUGUUCCUGAAUUAGUGCCAAGUUACCUGGAAAUGGAGGCAAUAAACAAAUUUGUUGCCAAAACAUGAA